UUUAGAGGAAUCCAUUGGAUUGGAUUAUUAAAUUUAUAUUUUACAACAUUUUUAUACAUUUUUUAUGGAAUUGUAAAGAAUACAGAAUGUGAUCAAAAUAAUAAUAGUUAAAUGUUUAAUCAAUAAUAGAAUUAUGUAAAUUUUUGUAAAAGAAAAAAGAACUUGAAAUGUCAAAGUUGUGUCCAGGUUAUAUCAAGUUAUUCAGUGCUCCUCUUUUUGAAGUAAAAUAAAUUUCUAAAAGUAUAAUUAAAAUCUUAAAUGUGUUCAUAAUUUCUCAAGUUUACGUGAUAGGAUAAAAAAUGAGUAUUUAUAAAUGUUUUUAGUGUGCUAAACAAAAAUUACUAAUUACUAAGAUAACCUCAAACUUCAAAAACAAACAAUGUGGAAAUUUUCGCGUAAAAGUUAUUCUAAUGCAAUUGGAAUUACAACAGAUCAAUGGAAAGGUGUAACUGUGAAAUUCAACAAUAAAAUAAAGGGAACCCUACUAGAAAAAUGGAUUAAAUACUGGAAACUGUUAGCAGGAGAUUACAGAGAUGUUGCUCUUAACCUCAAAAGUGAAAUGAGACAAAAGCCCCUAAAAUCUGCCGUGUAUUUAUCGGGAUUGUCAUUUCUAGCCUACUGUGGAACACAUAAUCCAGAUUUAAGAAACUUCAGAGCAAAAUAUAUUGAUAGCGCUAAUCAGUUAGCACUGGUAAAUUCUUCGGUAGCAAAUCCAAACUCCGUAAACCAUUUAAAGUAUAUAGAAAAAUGCUUUAAUGCAAACCUCAUAAGAUUUAUAAAUUUAGGUGUAUUGUCUAUUGUAUGGGUUGAUGAAUUUAGUGAAGAUUGUGAUAAUUAUGAAAGUAAUUGUUCGUAUUUGCAAGUUCCAUAUACACGUUUUGGAGAAAGAAUACUUGAUAUCGGUUUCUUGAACACUUGGUGGGUAAUAUCAAGAAAAAUGUUGGACUAUGAUAUUAAUUAUUAAAUUGUUUAUUGUGUUAGAAAUAAAAAAAAUAACUUACCUUA